AUGCUCUCGCUUUUUGCUCGUCACGUCGUGCCUAAUCUUCCUGUGCUGCGCACCAAUGUUUCGUCCGUCUUGACUUCGUCCGCAUUCGCUGCGACGCGUCGUACGUUCUUCACUACGCGUCGUAUCGAGCUGCCAGCCGCUGCAUCCAAGAGCGCGUCAACCAAGACAAUGAAGAAAACUACAAAGAAAACUACAGCUACAAAAUCUACUCCAAGGAAGGCGAAAGCCACCACGGAAGCAAAGUCCAAGCCAAAAUCAACAGCACCAUCCAAGAAGACGGUCGAGCGGCCUCCACCCAAGAGAGUGCCCAAAUCUGAGCAGCCUCCUUCGCGUCCCCCUAAUGCCUAUCUGCUUUACUUCUCGAAGCUCGUCCAAGAACGUAGGAGUGACAUUAAGACUACUAUGGACACCCAGGAUAUGGCAAAGGAAGCUGCAGUGACGUGGAAUAACUUUACUCUUGCAGAGAAACAGCCUUACUAUAACGAGGUUGAGGUCUUGAAGAAGCAGUAUGAAGAGAAGCUACACGACUAUUGGAAGACCGCUUCUCCGAAAACCGUCAGGAAAAUCAAUGCGCGUCGCAAACAUGACGGGAGAAACAAGAUUCACCGACCUCACCAAGAGAAUGACUAUAAGCGCCCUAAGGGGCCUUUCUUCAGAUUCAUAGAAAUGUUCCGUCAAUCAGAUGAUGGCAGAGCUAUCCAAGAAGCUGGGACCACCGCCGCAGGUAGAGGAGCGGUCAAUGUUGUUCGUGCAGCUGGUGAGCAGUGGAGGGCAAUGAGCGCCUCUGACAAAGCCCCCUAUAUGGAAGCUUACCAGAAAGCGCAUAAUGAUUGGCAAGCAAACCAUCCCAGCAAGAAUGCCUCUACGAGUGCAUCAUCAUAG